AUGCCCAAAUCUUGUGUCUUUUUCUUUUGGAUACUGAUCUGGAAUAUGCUGCCCAUUCAGAACCCUCCGCUUGUUUCUGCGAGUUCAUCAGCAUUCCGCGACGCUAUCGCUCACAGUCUUGAACGGCGAUACUUAGUGACACUUUUUCCCUGGCCUUUUGAUUCUGCAGGAGCCUUGCGCCACCAGACAGUCACCACUACCUGGGUAGGACGCGUUCUCACACUACUUGAUUUUCGCACCUCUCCCUCAACAUUUUCGCGCCACCUCAUUCCUCGUAUACCAAUAAUCGCGCCCUAA